ACACUGGCCAAAAGAAGACCCUAGACAAGAAAGAUGGGCGAAGGAUGUCUUUUCAGAAGCCUAAGGGAACGAUGGAGUAUACUGUUGAAUCAAGGGAUUCUUUGAAUAGCAUAGCCCUGAAAUUUGAUACCACACCCAACGAACUUGUUCAGUUAAAUAAGUUAUUCUCCCGAGCAGUCGUGACUGGGCAGGUUUUAUACGUACCUGACCCCGAGUACGUCUCCAGCGUAGAGAGCUCACCAUCUCUGAGCCCAAUCAGUCCUCUGUCGCCAACAUCAUCUGAGGCUGAGUUUGAUAAAACCACUACUCCCGAUGUUGUCCAUCCCAAAGAAGCACUUCCCUCAUCUGCCGUCUGCAGUAUUCGGCCUUCGAGAGUUGUGUCUUCUACCUCUGAGGAAGAAGAAGCAUUCACUGAGAAAUUUCUCAAAAUUAAUUGCAAAUACAUCACCAAUGGCAAGGGCACCGUCAGUGGCGUGCUGCUCGUCACACCAAACAAUAUAAUGUUCGAUCCACAUAAAACAGACCCCUUGGUUCAGGAGAAUGGCUGUGAGGAGUACGGCAUCAUGUGUCCGAUGGAAGAGGUGAUGUCCGCUGCCAUGUACAAAGACAUUGUGGAUAGCAAAAUAAAGGGGUAUAUACCCACAGAAAUAGAUCAGUUGUCAGGAAGGGACGUCUGCCGUUCCAAGAAGGGGACCGGAGUCGGUGCUGAGGAAGUAGACUCGAGAACCCGUGACCCAGGUAAUGACAGCGCCAGCACCGCUCCCAGGAGCACGGAGGAGUCUCUCUCUGAGGAUGUCUUCACCGAGUCAGAACUCUCUCCUAUCCGGGAGGAGCUCCUCUCCUCAGAGCUGCGACAGGAGAAGUCUUCGGAUGCGUCCUUGGAGUCUGUGCAAACUGUCAGUCAGAUGGAGGUACAAUCGUUGGCUGCUAAGUCAGAGUCUGCUCACAUUCCUGACCACAUUAACUCCAAUACUGGACCUUCUUCAGAACAAGGGCCUUUGUCUCAUGAAACGGAUUUAAGUAGUCUUGAACUAGCCGCUAAAGAAGGAGCUAAGGCUCCAGAAAAAGUGGAAGAAGUCUCUGGCCCUAAAGAGCAAAGCACAAAUGUGAAAGGUCAUGACCGGGAUUCGUUACGUAAUGGAAAUGCACUCCAAGAGGGGGGAGACGGAAGUGUCGCUUCUGCAGAAACAGUGGGACUGAAAGAAAAGCAGACUGUGGAGAAGGACGGACAAGGGAGCGAGUCGAAACGGGACUCAGAGGCUGAAGUUGAGGAGCUGCGCCAACUCUGGAAAACUCACUCCAUGCAGCAAGCUAAGCAGCAGAGAGACAGCGUCCAGCAGGUGUCACAGAAGGAAAGGCUCUUCACUUCUAAAGGAUAAGAGAAGGCAUCGAUUACACAAAUUCCUAUGUCUCCGAGUUGGAAAACCAAUGAGGAAAACAUUUGUAUCUCAAGCCAGCGCUACGAUGCAACAGUAUGCACAGAGAGAUAAGAAGCAUGAAUACUGGUUUGCAGUGCCCCAAGAAAGGACAGAGCACCUGUACGCCUUCUUCCUCCAGUGGAGUCCAGAGAUAUAUGCAGAAGACACUGGUGAGCAUUCCCGAGAGCCUGGCUUCAUAGUAGUCAAAAAGAUGGCGGAGGCAGAGACCAACGAAGAUCCCACUGGGGACGACGCAGGCAGGGAAUGGGAGGUAGUGUCGGUGGCUGAGUCUCACCGCAGGAUCGAUGCUUUAAACGCUGAAGAGCUGCGCACACUCUGCAGACGCCUCCAGAUCACUACAAGGGAAGACAUCAACUCAAAGCAGGUUGCUCCAGCAAAAGCCGACCUGGAGUCUGAAACUUUCCGACCAAACCUAAGUGACCCCAGUGAACUCUUACUGCCUGAUCAGAUUGAAAAGCUUACUAAGCAUCUUCCGCCAAGAACCAUCGGCUACCCAUGGACGCUUGUGUAUGGAACAGGGAAGCACGGCACGAGCCUGAAGACCCUUUAUAGAACAAUGACAGGCUUAGACACGCCGGUGCUGAUGGUGAUUAAAGACAGUGACGGACAGGUAUGGAAAACUGGUUGUGGAGAUCCUUUUGUCACUGACCACGCCCCUUUUAUCUUUAAAGUAAGCGAUGGCUUUUACGGUACUGGAGAAACCUUUGUUUUUACAUUCUGUCCAGAAUUUGAGGUCUUUAAGUGGACGGGAGAUAAUAUGUUUUUUAUCAAAGGAGACAUGGACUCAUUAGCAUUUGGCGGUGGAGGGGGAGAAUUUGCCCUUUGGCUUGAUGGGGAUCUCAACCAUGGACGGAGCCAUUCUUGUAAAACGUUUGGGAAUCACACACUUUCUAAGAAGGAAGAUUUCUUUAUCCAAGACAUUGAAAUCUGGGCUUUUGAGUGAAUGCAGUGCUCUCGGUUUUAGCAGGACGUCGGCCCAAACCUGAGCGGACAAAGCAUUGUUUGGAAUGUUCCAGAAGCAAUACAAUUCACAUGUCAUUUGCGUUUUCACGUCCGUCGUUUUGCCAUUUACUUACUACAGCUAUAAUUUUGGAGUUUAUUUUUCAAAUCAUGUUUCUGUCCCAGAGUUCUUUUGUUUACACCAUGGCCUGGGUCCCUGUAGUAUAACAGCUGGGUGGAGUUUGGUCAGCGUAUGGCAGCAUUUUGAUCAUAAAGGCCACCACAUUUUCAAUUCGAGUUAUCUCAGUCUCUUAAUUGGAUGGUGCUCUGUUGUUAACUUUUUUUUUUUUAAUCUGUAUUGUUUCUUUUUGUAGAGCAGUGUACUUGGGGUAUUGAGGAAAUGGGAUUGAGAUACUUUUGUAUUUGGUUGAGUUGACAAAGGUGACAUUUGGUUGGACCUGCUUAUCACUUUCUUCUGAGAAACUAUAUGCCAAAAGAAUAUCUCCUUCAUAGACCUUUUCUAGUUCUAAUUCACUACAGCAUUCUCUUUAUUCGUGUUGUAAACAUUCUCAAUUUCAUUUUAAGACAAUGAAAUUUGAAGAGAAGUCUGAUUGGCAUAGACCACAGCACACAUGAUAUGCGGGUUUGGGCGCAUGUUUUCAUCACUGAAUUAUCAGAUAAUUGACAAAUUGACAGAGGAUGGGAAUUUAAUGAUUCUAUUGGAUGUAAUAUAUUAAGCAAGUAAUACUCUUUACAUAUUUGUAGCUUAAUAGGGCAUUAUCAUAAGUACAAAACGUAAACCCUGCAUAUUUCUUCAGCAUUGUGUCAGAUACACUGUUUUACAGUUCUGUUGUUUUAGCCUUGUUGCAUACCAACUCCCCAAAUACAUUUUAUUUUUUUUCCUGCUCAAAAGAAAAAAACAUUGUUUUGAAAUAAAAAUUGUUUUUUUUUUUUCAAGUGGCAUAUGUUAUUAGUUAACCAUUAGCGUCUGCUCUUGUGAAAGGGCGGAGGCUGUAGUCGACAAUACUGUAACUCAGUAGACUUGGUGAAUGAAUGUGCAAGCUUCUGUCAAGUGGCCUCCAAAACAGUGAACAGGUAGAAUAAACUAGCGGCUAUAUCUUCUGUCAUAGGAAACCAACAAUAAGCCAUUAUGGCAACACUCGUCAGUUCAAUCUCAGAGCUUCAUGUCGCGCAAAGAAUAAAUCCUGCUGUUAUACGUGUGCCAGUGACUCUGUGCUGAAAAUCCAGCUGUUCCACACAAGCGUUGUAGAUCCUGUAAAUUGAUGUUUAAAGAUAGUUUUGUUCUUACAGAAAGUGUUGACUGCCAGGUUGCUUAUAGCACUUUAAAUUAUUCUGAAAAUGAAAUUACCAGCCACAUAUGGUGGCUUAAGUAGUUUUAGUUAUAUAACUUAAAAUUACCUAGUUCUUUUGGGAAGAGUCUAGAUACUUCCCCAAAGAAAGCAUAAUGCUAAUCAAAAUCUGGUGUUCUAUGACAUGUUGUUUCUGAAGAUGAAACAGAAACACGGGGCAUCGUUUCCUCGUCUGUGUAUAGCUCUCAUUACAAGCUAGGUGAUAGUAUCUAGGUUAAAUGUUUAUAAUAUAGGGAAUUGUAAAUAAAUGUAUCCUUUCUCCUUUGGUCUUCCACAGCAGUGUUAUUGUCUUUGUGGAGGUGACUAAUGAUACAUCUUUAAAACAUCCUGUAAUGGAUUUCAACUACAACAAGGUCAUAGAGAUGUAUACCAAAUAAAAUUAAAUGCAUAAAUGCAAA